AAAAUGCUUUGACAAUCAGCAGUCAGUUGCUGAGCGUGAGCACGCGAGUGCGAUGAUCAUUUGGCGUGCGAAAAAACUUUGAAAAUUGAAAAUAAAAAGAACGUUGUAAGGCGUACGGACGUACAAACGAACUUUGCUUUUAGCGCGCGCCGGUGAAAAAAAUCUACAAUAAGCAGUAUUAUUGUUAAGGAAGUGCACUGUACGGAUAAUGGUGGGAAAUGUGUGAAAUUGACAAAAAACGCAAAUACAAAACAAAACAUUCCAAAUGAACUCUAACAAGACGUAACAAAUAUAAUUAAUAAGCGCUUACAAUUUUCAAAGAAAAAUAUUAUGAACUGUGUGACAAAGUUCAGAAAAAGUGAACAAUCGAAUGAGCUUAGGUUAUAUAAUCAUUAAGUGCCGAACUAAAAUAAACAAAGUAUAUAUACACGUGUGCACAGAAAUACUUUUCAAUUCUAAACAAGUCAGCAAAAAAAAGCAAUACAACACAAGUCGCUAAUCUGCAGCUAAGAUCUGUCAAGCGAAUGCAAAGUCGCUGAAAAAACUGCCAAUUCAACGCAAACAAAAAAGGCAAAAGGUGAUAGCAAAGUCGCACCACGCAGAUAGACUUCAGAGCCGGAAGAAAAAACCAAACAAAAAAAAAACAAAACACAAAAAAUAAAAAACAUAAACACAAAUAAAAAUUGCAAAUCGCUUCGUAAAUCAACGCAGUCAGCUGUCUACGUAAGGCUAUGUGCAGCAGCUGAAUAUAACUGUAAACAAUUUCCGAAGUUACAUAUAACAAAUCGAAAUUGAAGCGCUUUCCUCAACGCUUCGUACAUUCAGCUAACAAACCGAGUUCAACAUGCGCGCCUUCCAACGCGGCUUCUUCUGCUCGGAUCUCACGCUGCGCUAUCCGUACCGCGAGUGCACGAUCACCAUACCGAUGUUACUGAUCUACACACUGCUGCUGCCGAUGCUCUUCAUCAGCGUUGUGGAGAUAAUGCGCAUCUGCAAGUGCUUUCGACUGCGCAAAUACGUAACGAAUUUGGCGCGCAGCUUAUCUAUCUUUAGUUUCGGUUUCAUCGCCACCUAUCUGACCACGGAGCUGGCGAAGAAUGUGGUGGGGCGCCUGCGUCCGCACUUCUACACCGCGUGUCAACCGCGCCUGCCGGAUGGCAGCUCCUGCGAGAGCGCCUAUCAGCAGCUGGUCGGCGGCGGCGUCUAUGUGGAGCAUUACUACUGCGCGAAUCGCAAUUUGAGCGCGCGACAGUUGCGCGAACUGCACGUAUCCUUUCCGAGCGCGCACUCAUCGCUCUCAUUCUACGCCAUGCUGCUGCUGUGCUUCUACUUGCAUGCGGUGUGGCGCGGACGCGGCACUACACGCGUGUUACGUCAUAUACUACAGUUCCUGUUGUUGUUGGUCGCCUGUUACAUAGCGCUGAGUCGCGUGCGUGACUAUUGGCAUCACUGGUCUGAUGUGUUGGCCGGCGCGCUGCUCGGUGCUAUGUACGCCAUAUUGACGGCGGUGUAUGUGGGGCGCAUGCUGCGGCAGGGCUUCGCAGAUGCGGCAUCAACACAUAAGCAUAAGAAGCAUCAGUACAAGUUGGGUGGUAAACAGCAGGUGAAGCAGCUGGCGCAUACACAUCAUCAUCACCAACAUCAGCUGACAUCGUCGCAGCAUAGACUGGCGCCGCAUGACGCGCGCAGCGGACGCAUGUUGCUGGUGGCAGCCAGCGGUAGUGUCAGCAAUUUGCAGCAGCAGCAGCUGUUGUCAACAGCGCACGAGGAUCUGGAGAAGCAGCAGUUGCACGAGCAAGUGGUUAAAGAGCAUGUAAUUGAGCGCGGCAGUAUUGGUGGUGUUGGCGGCGGCGGUGGUGAUUGUGAGUGGAAGCUGCAGGCGGUUGUGUUGCCAACGUAAAUUGCAAGCAAAGCGUCAUAGGAUCGGGCGCGCAAGCACGCGCUGGAAUGAGGAAGGCAUGCUAUGGUGCAGUUGACGGCGGAACAAAUCUGUAAACACAACACAUAACGGCACAGAUGGUGAUAAGACGCGAGAGGAAUGUCAAUGAAGAGAGUGCGCGGUGCGCUGUGGAAGGAGCGGGGCAGAAAAGCGAAGCGAUGGUAAACUGAUUCGACGCGCUGGAAAUGCACAAUGCGCAUACAAGUGUGAACAAAUUGGAGAGGGUUCGCGCUGGAGUUGCUUAAUAUAGUAGAAGUGGUGAAGGGGUUUUGUUACCCCCUCAACAAAUGGCAUUACUAAUUCAUCAACUUGCUUGAUUCUAACGCGCGGAUGCCCAUUAAGCCCAUUAGACUUAAACAACAACUUUUUCUUUAUAAAAUCAUACCUGCGUCGCCUCAUCUCCCUUUACGCGCCACCACUGCGCUUCGCAGCACAAAAGCGCGCAUAACAUGUGCCAUACCAGCACCACAACAACAAUCGACAGCAACAAUAGCCUUGCACUGCCUGCACGUAAUUAUUGGCCAUGCAACUAACUAACCGAACAACAACAAAAAAGUAAAUAAUUUUUCACCAAAAGGCAAAAAUGCGCUAUUGUGCAACAAAAAGUGGCAAAAGUCGCACAGCAACCAAAUGGUAAUGCAACAAUUGGCUAAGUGAGCAAAGCUAAAAUUUCGUCUGAGUAUGGCAACAUUGGUAAGCGUGACAGCGCUGGCGUGUUGGCAGCGGCCGCAUGCCUUUCUGGUGGUAUGCCGCAACCGCGCUUAGCUGCUAGUGAGUCACCAACGCUACAAGCGUAUAUGCACGACUCAUAUAUAGUCAUAUCUCUACAUGUAUAUGUGUGUGUGUGUAUGUGUAUGCACUUUCAUAUGCUUAGCGCUCGCUAUUGGAGUUUGUUCCCCUUUGGCUGUGUGGCGGCAACAAUACAUUAUGAAAAAAGUAGCAGCAAACGCUGGAGCAAUAGCAACAGCAAUAACAAGAGACACUGAAAUAAUAACAAAAACAAUAACAGCAACAAAAACAAAAACAACAGCAACAAAAAC